CGCGUCAGCGGCUCACACUGCCGGCCGUCGGCCCGCAGCGCAGCGCACUAGGGCAGCCAUGCCGGCCGCCGCGCCGUCGACGUCUGCGUCACCGGUAGCCGGCGCCGCGACGCUCCUGGCCGCCGCCGCUGUGCUCGCCGCCCUCAGGCUGCCGCACGGCGCGUGGGGCCUGGAGUGCUACGAGUGCAGCUCGCAGCAGGAGUCGGGCUGCGCAGACCCCUUCUCGGGCGGCAACUGGUCGUGGGGGGCGUGGCGGGGCCCCGCGGACUGCCCCCAGCCGCCGCGCGAGGAGGCGGGCGCCCGCGCCGCGCUGCACACCGUGCUCACGCAGCUCACCAGGCUGGGCCAGGCGCCAGAGCUGCCGCCGCCCUCGGGCCUUCCGCCCCCGCCACCUCCGCCGCCGCCGGCUGACGGCGAUGCUGACGACCCCGAUGAGGGGCCGCCGCCCUCCUGCAUAAAGCUGCUCCUCACAGUGAUGGGCCAGCGCGUGACGGUGAGAGGGUGUGCCGGCCCAGCGCUGGGAAAGACUCACCCAUGCGACGCUUAUAAGCUGAUCGCCACCAACGAGGUGGUCCUCCACUACUGCGGCAUCUGCGAGUCGGACGGAUGCAACGAGCAGGCGGCGCUGAGGCCGGCUAGGGCGCCACUGUUGCUCGCCAUGGCCGUCUGUGUCAUCGCCUGCAUGGCCCUGUGACGGGCUUCGACGUCUGGGUUUGGUACACCUGUUCCUCUUGCCGAUGGGAACGCUCCUGCUCCGCUGGCCGCGUGCUCCUAAAACAGUGGGUGCAGACCACCUGGCAACGACGACCGUUAUGCUCAGGCAGCAGGUAUUUGUCUCGCUGCAAGCGCCAUUACAUCCUGGGCAUCCGUGUUCUCCACUGUCGUUAUCCUCACGUGAUGAAGCUCACUCAGCACUGUGGAGUAUCUGCAUACAUGUGUCUAUCGAUUCUGCCAUCGGACUGUAUCACUGUCAACACAACAUUCACAUUAUAAUACACCCAAUAUUCUCUGUGACAACAAUGUUGACAUAAGAUUUCUACGAUGACUGCUAACCCAAUUAAGCGCAAAGUAGGUGCAGCCAUGAAUAACAAAACGUGAUCACAUCGUCUAUAUACAUACGUAUUGGUGUUAUUGGUGUAGUAGGAUGUUUCGAUUCUCUCGAAUUUUCAUUUAUGUGCAUUCACUGAUUUUAUAUUUCUACAAGGUGUGAAAUCAGAAUUAAUAUGGACCAUGUUUUCUUUUAUUUUAUCAAAAAUUAAUGACUGUUAAUCAGAAAAAUCUGGUGUAAAUGACAAAAUUUAGAAUAGUUUUCACAUUUUCAGUAUCGGAUAAUCCUUGAAAUAGCCAUUUCAAGAUUACACACUCUCAAGUAGCCAAUUGGUAUACUAGAAGAUCUUAGCGAAUUAAUUUUUUUUAAAUAACCUCAUUUGAUGUGUGCAACAUAAUAAAAAAAUCUGAAUAACUUUUACUAAAUUAACUGUUCUGUUUCACUGAAUUGUAUUCCUUAUUUUUUUUUAGCAAACAGUGUCAACUUACUACUUUCUGUUUGUGAUGUCUGAUGAAUAAGAAAUCUGUAGACCCGAUAUCUAAAAUGUAUACUAUGUCGUAUUUUCAGUUCCUGUAGAGAGAGAUGACUUCCUAUUUGCAACAGGUGCAUCACAUUAUUAUUAUCAACAGUUUAAAAUUGUCUCCAAAUACACCUUUUCUUAUUGGAAAAACAACGAAGAUGCCUACUAUGCAGAUUGCAUGUUUACAUAGUUAAGGAGAGAAACAAACAUUCUGUUGUUCAAGGUUUCCUACGUCUUUGAAACGUUAUUAUUCUUAGAAUAAAUUACAGCCAACUGUCAUUCAAUGUACAUACAGUAGUAUGAGCUGUGGAAUACGAAUGCAACAGUUUUUUUUCUUUUUUCAGGCUAAUUGCAAGAAUAUAUCCUGAGGCAUGUUAGAAGCACAUCUGCUUUCCUUUCAUCUCAUUUCUGAAUAUCUGACAAAAUGACAUAUGUAGAGAAGCAGCUAUCAUUAUCCAACAUGGCAGAAACUAUUUUACACAGAUUAACUGAACAACAGUUGGUCACAAAUAGACCAGUAGUAAAGCUGUAAGGAAGGGUCAUCAGUUGUGUUUGGAGUGGCUCAGUUGAUAGAGCACUUGUUUGCAAAAGGCAAAGAAGUUAGAGACUCAGUGUAGCACACAGUUUUAAUCUGCUGGGAAAGUUCAAGAAAACGAGUACAUGAAAUUUCAAAGUUUUCAUAUCACAUUUAAUACAUUCACAAUAUUUCUGUCAAAUUUUCAAUAAUGCUAUAAAAUGUGUUAAUGUGUUAUCAAUCAGUUUAACAAUUUAUUCUCAAGAUAUUUUUGAUCAACUGAUCUUAAAGGAUUACAAUAUUACUAAUUAUUUCAUAGAUUUCAUAUCACAUUUAAUACAUUCUGAAUACCUGUCAAAUUCUGAAUAAUGAUAUAAAAUGUUUGCUACUAUUUUACUAAUCAGUUUAACACUUAAAUCUCAAGAUAGUUUUGAGCAACUGAUCUUUCAAGAUUGCAAUAUUAAUUAAUUCUCUCAAAGCGAAAAAUGCAUCUUCUAGAAUUCCUGUAUUUUCAUGCAUUUAAUGUAAAUUAUAGUUAACAACAAACGAAAUUAUUGUCAUAGGAGCAGCUUUGUCUUGUGGCAUAUGCAGUGAGAGGAGUGUGAUGAAAGCUGAAAAUUUUCUUAAGAUUAGAAGACAUGGCCCAUCCUGCUGAAAACUUAUAUAUGAGAGUUUUAUUCAAUACAGGUGUUGAAAAGAUGUUGCUGAGAUGAGGCACCUAUAGCCAUAACUACUAUUUUCUGCCCGUGUAGACUUACUGACAUUAAAAUUCUCAACAAGGUCUUACAUCUUCUGCACUUCGGUUUGUGAAUGCUUCAACAGCUAAUUGUUCUUGAUGUAAGAUAUGCAUUGAUAAAAAUGUUGCAACAUAUGUGAUAUCUGACCCAGAAAUUCAGUGGAGUAUUACCAUAAUGUUUGCAAAAGGCUAUUUUCAACCAAAUAACUUCAUAUGGAAACGUGACAUGUAUACUAGGUCAUGUCUAGAAGGAUAUCAUAUAACUGUUGCAAAUGAAUUUUAAGAAAUUAUGAAGCUGGUGUCAGGUGUUUAAGUCUUGUAACAAAAUGUAAAUAUCAUGUCUCAAAAUUUCGGAGUGUAACCCCUGAAAAACACUUACCUCAUUUACAGUAAUAUGGCUCUUAUGCUUUUGUUAAAUGUUUCAACUUUUAAAAUGUUACUAAAACCAGUACCUGACUUCUCCAGUACAAAAGUGGAAAUUUAACAAAGAAGAGAUAUUUAAAAAACUGCAUUAAUGUAUUAAUGUGGAUUUUUAAAGAUGAAAUGCUAAGAAUUAUGGAUUAAGUGAGAUGAAGUUGUAUGAAGAAAUGUAAAAAUUUAUUUUGAAUGGUAGUACAGUAUAGUUGAAAAAUGGCAGCACCACCAUUUAUGUCAAAAUAAAUGAAUAUAAAGCAUAAGAAGAUUAUUGCCUUGUCUAACAAGGAGACAUACUAUAAUCAUUUAAUUAAUACAUGUAAUGAUACAUCUAAAUAAUCUAUGGACUGAAAAAUUUGUUAUUUAUUUUCAACUGUAAAGACAAUUAUUUCAUUGAUACAGUUGUGAAUUACUUCUCUUUGUUUCCCUAUGACUCUCAGAAAACUUAUUUCGAUUAAGGAUAUUGGGAAAAUUAAAAUCCUUAGAUGAUUUUGUAAUUAGUAAUUAACUAAUAUGAAAUUACAAGUUCAUUACCUGUGUAUAUGCAUUUAUUGGAAGGAUAAGGAAGUGAAUGUAAUAUAAUUUUGUUUGUCAUUUUUAAAUUAAUUCUGAUUCCCAAGACAAUGAGUAUAUUCAGAUGUUACUGUAAUUAAUAAUCAACAGACAAAUAUCUUAACUAUGGUUCUUGCUUGUGUGUGGUUGUACAGAAAUUAUUAAAAAAUGUAUAGUAAGCAAACUAUGACAAAGUUUUUGCUGUUUUUAAACAAAAUAUGUCAAAUUUUACAGGAAUUACUUACUUCAUUCUUUCAGUAAAUGUGCAUGUGUUGUUCUGAAUUACCACAGUAUAUGUAGUCAGAUUAUUUCUUUGCAUAAUUUAGAUCAACCCCAAUAGCUCUUCUACUUAUGUAAAAAAAUUAAUAAAUUAUAAUGUGAUUUAGA